AUGGAACAGAAGCGGGAGGCUGGCUCUUCCAAUGGAGAGGCGGUUGUGGUUGGCCCUGAAGGGUCUGUUGAUCAAAGUAAUGAAAGCGUUGCAUCUGUCGACUCAUCAUCAGCAGUAACUGAAAGCAAUCUCAGCCCCUAUGCGGCGGAGUGGGAACCUUUUUACUAUAAGGCACCUGAAGAUGACAGGUGUUGCUUUAUCACAUUUUCCAAUGGGUUCCCGCUCACUGAGGACCAAAUUAUGGACUUCUUCAAUGAGAGAUUUGGUUCAUGUGUUGAGAGGGUGUACGUUCAUUGCCCGCACCCGUGGGAGGAUCCUCUCUUCGGAAAAGUUGUGUUCAAUUCAGUUCUGAUGCCGGCGAUCGUGCUCCGAGGCCAAGGUCAAGUGAAGUUUAAAAUUGAUCGAAGGCCCCUUUGGUGCAAGAGGUUUGACAGGGGCAAGCGUCGCAACCCAGCAUUGAUUUAUUGA